AUGAGUAAUAUAGUACUACCAGAACAACAGCAUCAACAACAACACCCGCAAGAACAAGCGAGCCACAAUCAAAUUUCCCCUCAUUCACUGGAAUUGCUUCCCCCACACUCCCAACAACAACAACAACAACAACACACACCGAAUAAUGGAACAACUACAACUGAUUCAGCCACCACCACUACUUCUCAGCCGUCAUCACUGAAAAAUAAACGGGACGGCACUAGGCCCUACAAAUGUCCUCAUUGUGAAAAAGCAUUUCACAGGCUAGAACAUCAAACAAGACAUAUACGUACCCACACUGGCGAAAAGCCUCAUGUGUGCAAAUUCCCUGGUUGUACAAAGAAGUUUAGUAGAUCGGAUGAACUAACCAGACACUUGCGAAUCCAUACCAAUCCAAACUCAAGGAAAAAUAAAAAGAAUGAAAAAGUCAAGAAUGAGAUUGUUUUCAAGAAUACAACUGCUGGUACAACAGAGGCAAAACAACAAAUGGCCAACUCAAAUGGAUACGCCAGGGGUAGAAAGAAGAAUAACGGGGCUGAUUUGUCCGCCACGUCACCGCCAUCUUCCCCCGGAAGCUCGUCGUCAUCCAAUAUGAAGAUGGAUAUUGAUUCAGUAACAUCGCAACAGUCACAUCAAAAUGAAGCACAGACACUCACUGAGCAAACACUUACUCCUACAGCUACCCCCAACUUCAAAAGUGAGGCUCAAGUUGCUCCUGUCAUUGCCACUCCACAGAGUACCACUACUUCAACCUCUCAAGAGUCACUUACUAUGAAUAAAAAUCUUUCAAGUAUAGAUAUACUAGCACUGGCUGCCACACAAGAAUUAGCUAGUAUAGAAUUGUCCAAGUCACUUCCUUCGCUUGUUGACCAUUUCGAUGCACAGAAACCUCAAAGUCUGGAAUUCAAAUUCUCACCACCUAAAUUUCUGAACCUAAACCAAGAGUUUAGCCGAGAAAAGGCAUCUUUCCACUUUAAUGAUACGGGAAAUUUAACAUAUUUGUCAAACAUAGCCAGUAGGUAUUCGGGUAUCCCCAGAAUGACCCCACUUGAGCAGCCACAACCACAGCCACAACCACAGCCACAACCACACACCAGUCGGAAACAAAAUAUCUCCCAAGAUUCAGACAUUGACUACCUCAAACAGAAGCUUAAGAAAUCAAGACCAAAUAGUCCUAAAUUUUACCAGUAUGGCAAGUUUAAUAGUCAUCAUGGAAGUAAUUACACCAUGCCCAACUCGCCGGUUCUUGGCUUAUCAACUAAUUCAACUCCUUUGAUGUCGGCAAGUAAUAGUUGUACUAAUUUGUCGCUGUUGGCAAUGACGCCAGCUGCAACUGGGAAUAAUAGUGGUAUCCCACCCCCACAUAAACAACCCAGCACACCACCAAAAGCUACAUUCAGUAUUCCUAAAAUGUCGCCUUCUUCGACGGAGGCAUUGCCAAGUCUCAAGAGUUUAAACCUACCUAUAGGAGAUUAUAAAUAG